CGCGUAGAAGCCAAAACAGGCCAAGAAGAAGACGCGGAGAUACCGAAGGCGACACGCUCACACGACACGGUUAUUAAAGCAGAAAGCCACCUCCGAAUCAACGGCAAUGAAGGCCGAAUCCCCGCGUCAUCUUCUCCGCAACCCGUCUCUGCUCAUCCUCAUCCUCCUCGCAGCAGCAGCAGCUUUCCCCCUCGCCCAGAUCGCCAUGGCGACCGAGCCGGAGCAGACGCCCGCGGCGCAGGACGCGGCCGUGCACAUCGUGUACGUGGACCGCCCCGAGGGCGCCGACGCCGAGGAGUUCCACAUCCGCACCCUCGCCCCCGUCCUCGGCAGCGAGGAGAAGGCCAAGGACGCGGUCCUCUACCACUACAAGCACGCUGCCAGCGGAUUCUCCGCGAAGCUCACCCCCGCGCAGGUCGAGGACCUCAAGAAGCAACCCUGUGUUCUUCAGGUCACCCCUAGCCAGACCUACCAGCUCCAUGGAUCCGAGGGUGGACAUGCCGGCACCACGCGCACCAUGGGCCUCAUGUGAUUCCCCAGUGUAUGAUGAUGUUCUAGUACGAGUGUUGUGUGAUGGAUGUGCAUCUCAUGGCUUGCUGUGUAAUGUUAAAUAAGGGAUGUAUCCGCGUAACCAAGUGAAAUGCACAUGUACCUGCAAGUUUGAUACCAAUGUGAGGCAAACGAAUUGCUUGA